AUGUAUAAAAGUGAUACACUUAAUGAUGUUGAUAAUGCAGAGGAAAGAGAUGAGUUAGAACCAUUACUUGCUACUUUGAAAACAAAAAUCGAUGAAAAGUUGGAGCCUGUGCCUUUAUCAAAUUCAUUGAAAAGCUUAAACUAUAAGAAUCUUGAAUUACAAAACGAAAAAUUGGAAUUGAGAGCUAUACAAGAAACGGAACUUUUAAAUCAAAUGGAAGUUCAUCUUAAACAUGAGAAAUUACUUUUAAUUGAUGACACUAAAGCUUUAUCAAGGUUCAAAAGUGAUAAAAAAGCAGUAAAUAACAGAUAUAAAAAAAUACAAAGAUCAAAGCUUCAUCCUUUACUAAAAGAAGAACCAGAAUAUGUGGUUGAAAUAGAUAAUGAAUUGAUUAGAGAUAACCUUAGAUCAUUAAAUUCAACUAAUUCAACUAAUUCAACAAACUAUUGGGAUCCUGAGAAAGAUCAACGACUUUAUCAAUUGAAUGAUUCAUUUUUAUCCAAGUUGUGUAAAAUCGAACAACAAACUCAACCUUUAGAUGGUAUUAUUAUGGAUAUUGAUGAAAUGGAAGAUUCAUUGGUUCAAUUAAUGAAUUUAACAGAUUUAAGGACUAAAAUGACAGAAAA